AAUCCAUCUGCUACUGACUGCUUGGAGAGCGGUCUCUGAUUUUCUCGAACUUUUUUGAACGAAUGCACUCGAUUUUUUUAUCGGAGUAUAAAAAUGCUUCAUCUCCACGAACUUCAUGGGUGCAGGGCUCACCGCCCAGAUUUGAAGAAAGUGCUCCAGAUGAAAAUCGUGUAAUUGGUGGAAGGCACUUAAUUGUUGUGGAAGGACCCGUGCUAUAUCCGAUCAAAAAUUGGGUCUCUUCAUGACCUUCUACGACAACUACGAGAGAGCGGCCCUACUCGAUCCCAUGUGUACAACCGAACCCAAAACCCCAAUCAAGCUGGAAGAAAUCAAGUUUAUUCCCUACUUUGGAUGCUUCGAAAAAGUAUUCCAUGGUUGUAACCUUUGGGCGUUAGUGUGAUGCUCUCAUUUUCUUUUGAUUUUUGUAA